AAGACUCCUUGGGAUCUGGUAGCACGUGAGAUUGUGUAGGCCAGGUUAGGAGGAUAAAGACAUCCCAGGAUGUGGUAGUGCAGCUCUGGCCUAAAAGGUGGGCAGGGGGAGAGGAGCAGGGGUUCUCCAGGGUUCUCUGCCUGUCCUACCUGUUUGUAGGCUGGGUAGGCUGGGAUAGCAUGUGUUACAUGUUGAUACAAUUUUGGAAGGUUAAGCAGCAAUAGAGAGGAUCAAAACCAGCUACCAGAUUGGGGCCUUAUUAUUAUACAUUCAUUUGUGGAGGCUGACCUUGUUAUUAUUAUAAUUUCAUUUGCUGAGGCCAAGGGAAAGGUCACUUCAAACUGAAAAUAAGUGUAAAGCUGGGCUUGCUGCUGCUGGCUACUGUCUCAUUCCAUGCUGCUCCAGCUGACCCUGGUGGCUGGGGUGCUCCCCUCCCCUCACUCCAGCAGCCUCUAGCCAAGGAGAUAAAAUGCCUAGCUGCUUCUUUGCAGCUACCUUGUAACUCCGGGAGUGCCUGUGUUAAAACUCUCUGGUAUGUUUCCAUUAAAAAAAAGCAUCUAAUAACAUUUGGGCAAAAUUUGCAGUAAACAGGAAAGAAUGAAAAGUGAUUUUGUAAGAGGCGUGAGCUGAUUCAUUGACUGCACAGUUACAUACACUUAGAAUCGGGAUGGACAUGUGUGAUGUGUUUGAGUUGUGAAUGUCCAUAAAAUGUUAGAAGGACUUCCUCCUGUGUUCAGUUUUCAAAACAGAAAUGACGCCCUGGCCAUUGACAAGGUAAAGGUAUCAGUCUCAAUGGCCCUAGCUUUCUGCCAGCAAGAGUGAUUGAUAAGUCCUUAAACAAUUCAGGGCCUGUUUGCCAAGUGGUUUCUUAAAACAAUGCAGGCAGCUUCACAGUGCUGAAUCCUUCUGUUAGUUUGAGGGGAAAAAAAAAAACAAAACCUGCCUCUCACACAAAGUAAAAGACUAUAUUUGUGAUAAAGCCACUAUUGCAUGUCAAACUUAUAAUUCCUGCCAAAAAAGUUGGCCCACUUGAUUUGCCACAUGAUACAGGGCUUUGGCCCCACCUAGUUCUUAAAGAUCGACCCUCUCAGACCUCUUAAUUCCCUUUUGGGGCUCUUGGGAAUGGUUUACUGCUGUUAAGACUUGUUUGGCUUACAGUCAGUGAGGAUUUUAUCAAUGGACACGGGCAACACCACUAUGGCCCUUGAAAUCAGUCCAUGUCUUAUUUUCAUUGCUGGACAUUCCACACUUCCCAAGUAGUUGUAACUGAAAAUGCGGAUUAUAUUUUGAAUGUGAGUAAUAUUUCUCUUGCUUGUAAGGGGUGUUCCCAGUGGAGAAAUACCAUGAUUUGUACAGUGGCGGCGGGACAAGUACAUAGCCAGAACCCCACCUCGUGCUCUCUCAGCCCAGCCAUGUGGUAUCAGUAAGGUAGUCUAGGAUGCCAGAGGAAGGGAAAGGGGGUGAAAGUGAAGGUCUCUGUCUGAUUAAAGAGCUAGUAGGGACAGGAGUGCUCAGGGAACCCAUCUGACAUGUGGUUCAAACUGCCCUCUCAUUCGGGCCAGCAAGUCCUGAUGAGGCUGUUGCCGUCCAUGUGUCCGUGACUGACACUUGUGUGACCUCGAGUCUGGAGCACAAAGAUGUGGCUACUAGACAUUGGUACCCCCGGACAGUUGUGAGCUUUGCCCAGAUGUUAGAAUUGGUUCUAUCUGGUGACUUCAGAGUGAUGAAGCCCGUUAUGAAGAUGGAACUCAGGAGGAAUCAUGUAACUUUACCUACAGAUAAUGCUGUAGAUCCAGAUGUAUCUGCCAGGACGGUCUUUAUAGAUGUUGAGGAGGUCAAGAAUAAAUCUUGUUUGACCUUUACUGAUGAUGGAUGUGGAAUGACACCUCAUAAACUACACCGAAUGCUCAGCUUUGGCUUUACAGAUAAAGUAAUAAAGAAGAGCCAGUGUCCCAUCGGGGUCUUUGGUAAUGGUUUCAAGUCAGGUUCCAUGCGGCUAGGAAAGGAUGCUCUCGUCUUCACCAAGAAUGGGGGUACUCUCACUGUUGGACUCCUGUCACAGACCUAUCUGGAAUGUGUCCAGGCCCAGGCAGUUAUUGUACCAAUUGUUCCAUUCAACCAGCAAAACAAAAAAAUGAUUAUUACUGAGGAUUCCUUGCCCAGCCUAGAAGCCAUCUUGAACUAUUCAAUUUUCAACAGUGAAAAUGACCUGCUUUCCCAGUUUGAUGCCAUCCCAGGCAAAAAAGGCACUCGUGUUCUCAUUUGGAACAUCCGCAGAAAUAAAGAUGGAAAGUCUGAGUUGGACUUUGAUACAGAUCAAUAUGACAUCCUGGUAUCAGACUUUGGCACAGAAGAAAAAGAGACUGGUGGUGUUACCUGUGAGCUGCCAGAAACAGAGUAUUCUUUACGGGCAUUUUGUGGCAUUCUGUAUAUGAAGCCACGAAUGAAAAUUUUUCUACGCCAAAAGAAGGUGACCACCCAGAUGAUUGCCAAGAGCCUGGCCAAUGUAGGAUAUGAUUUAUAUAAACCUACCUUCACAAAUAAGCAGGUGAAAAUAACUUUUGGGUUCUCUUGCAAGAAUAAUAACCAGUUUGGAAUGAUGAUGUAUCAUAACAACCGACUCAUAAAGUCUUUUGAGAAGGUGGGAUGCCAGGUGAAGCCAACUCAUGGAGAAGGUGUGGGAGUAAUUGGAGUCAUCGAGUGCAAUUUCUUAAAACCCGCCUACAACAAACAAGACUUUGAGUACACCAAAGAGUACCGCUUGACAAUAAAUGCCCUUGCCCAGAAGCUCAAUUCUUAUUGGAAGGAAAAGACAUCCCAAGAGAAUUUUGAGACCUCAGCCAUCACCAGGCCAAUAUCGAAGAUUCCUGACCAGACAUGGGUACAGUGUGACGAGUGUCUUAAAUGGAGGAAGCUUCCUGGCAAGGUUGAUCCGUCUACAUUACCUGCAAGAUGGUUUUGUUACUAUAAUUCCCAUCCAAAGUACAGGAGAUGCUCUGUUCCAGAGGAACAAGAACUCAUCGAUGAAGACCUGUACUUGAACAAAGCUAAAAAACAGGAUCAAGUGGUUGAGAAGAAGAAGCUGCCAGUGGACAGUGAGAACCACCAGGUAUUUGCCACUCCGCUGAAGAUCCCUGCUAGUCGAGAUAUGGAUGACUUGAACAAUAAGACAAUUGAAUAUGAGGGAAUGGAUAGUCCUAGCCGGCCUCCAUCUGUUGGAGAAGAAAGCAAGACACCCUCUCUUCAGCUUAAGCCUCUGGAUUCCAGUGUUUUUCAGCUUUCCAGUAAGUACAAAUGGAUCCUGGGAGAGGAGCCGGUGGAGAAACGAAGAAGGCUCCAGAAUGAGAUGACAACACCUCCUCUAGAUUAUUCCAUGCCUGGCCCUUAUAGGAGGGUGGAGGCAGCUGUCUCCUACCCAGAAGGGGAGAACAGCCAUGAUAAAUCCAGUUCGGAGAGAAGCACACCACCGUACCUUUCUCCAGAAUACCCAGAUGCAAACAAGAAUCCCAGUCAGAGUAGGGAGGUGUCAGUCCUGUAUUCAGGGGCCCAAGACCAACACCAGGGGUCCCUGCUCCCUGAAGAAUUAGAAGAUCAGAUGCCAAGAUUGGUAGCAGAAGAAUCUAACAGAGGCAGCACAAAUGUAAACAAAGAGGAAGUAAACAAGGGACCUUUUGUAGCUGUUGUCGGUGUUGCAAAAGGUGUUAGAGAUUCAGGAGCUCCCAUUCAACUGAUCCCUUUCAACAGAGAGGAGCUGGCUGAGAGGAGAAAAGCAGUGGAAUCCUGGAGCCCCGGGCCUUACCCCUCCGUGGCCUCUGGUCCCCCCCCUGCCGCAGCCACUGGGGAGAAGGGCCGAGGUUCUGAGGAGGGCGGAGGUCGCAGUUCGCCAAAGAUGAAGAACCAAAGAGAACUGGAAGAACUGAAAAGAACCACAGAAAAACUGGAACGUGUUUUGGCUGAGCGGAACUUGUUCCAGCAAAAGGUGGAGGAGCUGGAACAGGAGAGGAAUCACUGGCAUUCUGAAUUCAAGAAAGUCCAGAGUGAAUUGGUGACCUACACCACCCAGGAGACGGAAGGCUUGUAUUGGAGCAAGAAACACAUGGGCUAUCGCCAAGCUGAAUUCCAAAUUCUGAAAGCCGAGCUGGAGAGAACCAAGGAAGAAAAGCAGGAACUCAAAGAGAAACUGAAGGAGACAGAGAUGCACCUGGAAGUGCUGCAGAAGGCUCAGGUCUCCUACCGGACCCCAGAGGGAGAUGACCUAGAAAGGGCUUUGGCAAAGCUUACGCGGCUGCGUAUCCACGUCAGCUAUCUCCUUACUUCUGUCCUCCCUCACUUGGAGCUUCGUGAGAUCGGGUUUGACUCAGAGCAAGUGGAUGGGAUCCUGUAUACGGUGCUGGAGGCAAAUCACAUACUGGAUUGAGCACCGGACUAUACACUCUAUAUACCCUUCUGUACCCUACCCUACCCUACCCUACCCUACCCUACUCUACCCUACCCUACUCUACUCUACCCUACCCUACUCUACUCUUCUCUUGUCUUCUCUUUUCUUUUCUUCUCUUCUUCAUUCCCUUCUUCCUCCUCCUUCCCUCUCCCCCUCUCUCUCCAUCUCCCCUUCCCCCCCCACCUUUUUAUGCCUUAUAUAGAGAAUCUUUGAGUAAAUCCUGGCUGUCACUCAUUCUGCUUCUUAUUCAGUUUUGAUGUGGAGAAAGAGGCUAGUUAAUAGGCUUUCAGGAGUUCCAGGAACAGAAAAAACCGUAAUCA